AUGACACAAUUCCUGGCUGAGUAUCUGAUAUCUGGGUUCGCCAUAGCGUUGCCGAAGCUGACGCUCCGAGUUGACUCCACAAUGCUCGGACCUGGCACCCUCGGCCUGUUUUGGCCCGCAACCCUGCUAACCCUCGUCCUCAGUGCUGCUCUGCUAAUAUUUGCGCGCGUUGCUGACAUACGUGGCGGCUAUGGCAUCUUCGUGCUCGGCCUUCUCUGGCUCAGUAUCUGGACGCUGCUGCCUGGGUUCUUCGAGAAUCUAGUUGUAUUGGACGUGGCAAGAGCCAUGCAAGGCCUGGCGAUUGCUGCGUUCAUGCCUUCGACUUUCGUCAUGGUCUCAUCCUUCUACCACGACGGACCGCGGAAGAACUUUGUGCUUGGCUUGUAUUCCGGCUGCGCACCCCUGGGCUUUUGCGUCGGCUUCUUCAUCUCGAGCGCUUGCCCUGAUGGAAAGCCUCAGUGGUACCUGUGGACCGCCUCAAUCAUGGCGUUCGUUACCGCGAUCACUGCCUACCUGACCAUUCCGCAUGACUGGACGGACAGAAAACAGCUGGGCUUGAAGAUGGACUGGGUAGGUGCCAUCCUUAUCACAUCAGGCCUCAUACUUCUGAACUACGCUUUGGCGUACGAGCCUUCAGCGAACCUUUCCGACAAGGCAAGAGAGGGGUUCAGCUACCCGGAAGUUUACGUACCGUUUGCUGUCGCUCUGGUAUUGUUGCUUGCGGCAGUCUGGUGGGAAGGCUGGAUGGCAGUAUGCCCGAUUCUGCCCUUCGACUUCUUCCGUACGAAAGGCGUGCUGGCAUUUAGCCUUGCCGGACUCUGCUUCUACGGCGCAUAUGGUGUCUGGCUGUACGAAUCUGCACAAUAUUUCGCAAGCGACACUGGAGUGACAUCGUCCGUGGACGGCUUGCAAGGCACCCGACUUGCAUUGUGGUACGUGCCUACUGCCAUUGGCGGGCUCGUCCUGUGUGUUUUAGGUGGCGGCUUGAUGCACAUCAUCCCGUUUAUGGUGCUCCUGCUCAUAUCAGCAAUCGCUUGGGUGGUCGCACCGCUGUUACUGGCAGUUUGCCCAACACCGCUGAACUACUGGGCAACCGUACUGCCAUCCAUGCUUUGCGCCACGAUUGGCAUCGAUCUGACUUACACACUGACGCUAGUUUACUUCUCGUCAGCUCAACCAAAGAGGUACCAAGGUCUGUGUGGAGCGGUGUGCUCCAUUCUCAUCAAUCUCGGCAUGUCGUUCUCACUACCUCUGUCAGAGAUUGUGGAGACGAAAGCGUUGAGCUCCGCCGGCUGCAGCGGCGUCGACGUCAGUGGCUAUGAACAGUGCAUCAACAGUGCCACGAAUUGGAGCUAUCGGACGAUGUUUAUGUAUGCAGCUGCGUCUGCUGGGCUUGGACUGGUCAUCUGCGUCCUCUUCGUCCGGUUUCCGCAAAGGGCGGCGACCGAGAAGUCGAGGGAUGAAGAAAGGCCCAGAGACACAUUGUCCAAAGCGUCGUCGCUGGUUGAAGAUCGUGGCAUGAUAUGA